AUGUCCGACAGCGACGAUGAACCCAUCACCCUCUCGGCACAUGCCCUCGCGGCGCUGAAGUCGUUCGAAGCAGAGAGAGACGAGCACCAGGCAAAGUUCCAGCGGCUGAAGGACGAGGCAGAGAGCAACAGCCUGCUGUCCAUCGAUACGUUUGCCGAGGACUGGAAUGAGUCUCAAUUUUGGUAUUCAGAGGAAACUGCCAAUAUCCUGGCUACAGAGCUGCUUAGAGAUGCGACAAGCAACAUGACAAUCGGUGUUGUCUCAGCGCCGAGUGUGUUUGUGGCACUCAGGAACCUCUUGCGAGACCGAAGCGAUAAUGAGAAGCCUAAGCUUGUCCUUUUGGAACACGACAACCGGUUUGGCGUGUUCCCCGAGUUUUACUUCUAUGAUUUCCAACAGCCAGUCAAACUGCCAGGUCACCUGAAAGGGUCCAUGGACAGGAUUAUCUGUGAUCCGCCAUUUCUGAGUGAAGACUGCCAGACCAAAGCCGCAUUGACUGUGCGCUGGCUCCUCAAACCAAGCAGUGCCGGACCAUCAUCCAACCUUAUUGUCUGCACUGGAGAGAGAAUGGAGGCUCUGAUUCUCAAGCUAUACCGGGCACUGGGAGUGCAGACAACUGCCUUUGAGCCCAAGCAUACAAGGGGCCUUAGCAACGAGUUCUACUGCUACGCCAAUUUUGAGUGCCCAAAUUGGAAAUGGCGGUAAAAAAAACAAUAGGACGAAGAAGAAGAUGCCGCCGGGGCAUCUCAAAAGUACGGCCAUAUUAACAUAAUGUAGUGAACGGGUAAUUGGAUGCAUAGACAACCAUGAUAGGACAAGGACUGCUUGAAAUGAGCCACAUAGCCCGAUUGAUGAGCUGUAGUAUGCUGGAUUGCAUGCUAGUUUAUCCCAUAGUCUAGGGAUGGUGGGUAUGGUGGGUAUGGU